CGUCGUUUAGUUUUCACUCGAACGGCGAAGCGUUGGCAACGCACGCGGAACGCGCACGUCCCAAAAAAAGUACAAAAAUUGCGAGCUGAACGUUUUGGCUUCAGCUGCCGCCAAAAUAGCAAAAAACAAAACCGAAAAAUACAAACAUUAAACGAACGGAAUAAAUAGAUUUUAGAUUUUACAAUGGGCUUCAAAAGCGGAAGCAGCCCGCGCAUCAACAAAACGUUGAUAUCGCUGAAGCUCGUCGUCUUUCUCAUCAUAAGCGGUCUCACAGCCUUGCACAUUUUGCAUGCUACGAAACCGUUGCUGUUGGGCCUCAACUUCGCGGAGUAUCGCACAAUAACAAUUUCAGCAGCUUUUGUCUCGAUAUUGGGGCCACUGAUAGCCGGCCCUUGGGCUGAUCGCUUGGCUGCUCGUAAUCCCAAUGGAUUUGGACGCACGCUGCGUCGCUUGACGGCUGUCUUCUUGCUGCUGACAGCUCUGAUCUACGCCCUGCUCUUCUUCGUACCGGACGUGGCACGCGAACCGGCCAAAGAGCCGGACGUGAACUUUGGCUGCGAUGCCAAUGGCGCCUUCAUAUUCCAGAAGCUCUGCAGCAACGGCACCUGCCACAACUGGGAGCACAAGAAGGGCAGCGUCAAGCUGACCCAUUGCACCUACAGCUGCCUGAAUCCCAACUACCAUGAGAACAUGUACCAGUUCUGGCUAGGCGAGUUGCCCACUGCAGCGCCCUCCACCGAGCAGAGCUCCGAGUUCGAUUACGAUCAGGAUGAUCAGGCGAGUGCUACGACGGAAAAAUAUCGACCAAGGCGAGAUGUGAACAUUGCAGAUUUGGCUGCCGACAGCGCAGGCGUGGAGCAACUUAGCUCCGAGGUGCUACGCGUUAAGCGUCAAGUGAAGAACACACCGAAGAAGGUCUAUGUGGAGCCACCGCAUCUGUGCAUCACGGAGCGCAAUGAACAGGGCGAGAAUGUGGUAAAGAACUGUCACGUCUACACGCAGGAUACGCCCAACAUUGUGGUGCAAGCAGAUAUGGGUGCUGCAAUGACGGAGCCAAAGACCAACGAGACCGCCGGCUGGUGUCAAUAUCCGUUGGAGGGCAUUCAGUGCAACAUACCUCCGCAACAAGUGAAAUAUAUGAAAGAUUUGACAAACGGCACCGAAUGCAAGCCCAUUAUCGAGUGCAUGAUUGUGGAUGCCUACGAUGGAGAGGACAGUGUUCUAGCUGAUAGCGAGUGCAUCACGACAACUGGCAAUGUGGACGAUACUCUAAUUAGCUAUUUGAUCAUUCGUUUGCUGGGCGAUAUCUUUGCCAUGGCUACGCUGACACUGCUCAACACGGCGAUCGUGAUUGCAGUUCGUGAAACAUCGGAGGGUCGCGGCGAGGUGUGCCGCCAGUAUGUCUGGGGUGCUAUUGGUUAUGUGAUACUCUUCUCGCCGCUGGAUUUGCUGUUCAAGGAGCAUCAGCCCAAUCAUGACGCCGCUCUGGCCGCUUUGAUUAUACUGAUCGUCUGCUUUGUGCUUGGCGCUGUGGUGCUGCUGUGUGCCUCGCAAAUGCCAUUGAGUCCGCCCGAGUGGUGGUGGCACACAAAGACCGGCAUGCUGGUGGUGCCCAUGUCCGCCAUACGUCGCUAUAGCCCCGAAAUCGUGGUGCUCACGCUGGUGGCCAUUCUGUUCGGCACCUUCUGGAGCAGCAUUCACAGUUUUCUGUUCUGGACCUUUACGGAUGUCAAUGCCAUUUGCUAUUCGGGCAUCAUCUUGAUCUUGGUGCUAUUCUUCAAUGUGGACAAGUUCAUCGAGUAUUGCGGACAUUCGAAUAUCUUUAUUGCCGGCUUUGCCAUUUUCAUCAUCCGUUUUACGGCGCUCAGCGAUGCGCAGACCAAUUGGCUAACUGUCGUCAUGGAGAGCAUUGAGCCUGCUGUCAUUGGCCUGAUUUGGAUUACGAUUAUACUAUAUAUGCGACAUGCUAUGCCACGUAAGCUAACUGCCACGGGACAGGCCAUCGCUGUGCUGGCCUUCUUUGGUUUAGGCAAGGGCAUUGGCGCCUUGAUUGGCCUGGCUCGUGAGGAGAAGCAUCCGAAGCUGCCCUACUGGACCUGCACCUACCAAUGGCUGGCCAUCGUCGCCUGCAUCAUUGCCUUCGUCUAUUUUGUGAUUUACAACCUGAUUCUGGCGCCACGCUGCACCGCCAAGCCGCAGCAUUCGGAGGAGCUGAUCUCGGGUUCGGCUUCCCAGAACUUUGGCACGAAUGGAAACGCCAGCAAUGGCAAUGGGGCCGGCAAUGGCGCUGGCAUUGGUCCAGGUGCUGGGGCCGCGCUAAAUGGCAAUGGCAAUGCCAACGGCAGCUACUCACCGCUGAGGGUCUACCACAACGAGCGGGGGAAGAAGGGACAAUUUAGAUACUAA